AGUUCAUUAUUUGAAGAUCCAGUUCUUCAAAAGGCUCUUGAAACGAAAUGGAGCCAAGUUCUGUCCACAAUGAAGCAUGUCCAUAUCAAGCAAGCAUCAGAAGAAAAUAUGGAGGCAGCUGCCACUUUACUGAGAUGCACCUACAACUUUUACCGAGAGAGCUCAUGUGGAACACUUCCAUCAGGUAUUAACCUGUAUACUGUACCAUCUCAUUUAACAACAGAAGGACCAUGCCAACCAUCUAAGGACAAUGUCGACUACCUUGAUUUGAGUGCCCCGAGGAAGCUUCUCUUAUGGGCAUACACGCUGGUGCAUGGUCAUUACUCCAACAUUCUAGUAGUUGUAAAGCAUUGUGAAGAAAAUGCGAAGUUUGCCAGAGUUGAAGAGCCCAGAGUUAACAGGGAUGUGCACAGGAUUAACAGUAGACAGUUCCCCUGCCAAACAGUAGGCAACAGCAUCCUCUAGGCCUUCUCCAGCCCUUCAGGCAGCUGAUUCAAGCCCAACAGCAGCAGCACCACCACCAAUACUUCCAGCCACUACAAGAAGGGAUGUGCACAGGAUUAACAGCUCAUGACAUGUACCAGACUGCCUUGGAAAUGGCGCCGAAGGAAGCCCAGAUCCCUCUAAUGGCAGAUGGAAUACCACGCCUGAAGAACUGGUGGAAGAGAUCGCUCGGGUUGUGGGGGGUGGACGAGAAGACAUUGAAGAGGAGGAUUUGUAGCAGAUGCCAUAUCUGAAGGCAGAGUGAUCAUUUUAGAAAAGAGUAAGGAAUUGUUGGAUUAUAGAAGCCCGGAAAUGAUAUGCUGUAUUGAAAUUGGAAAUCGGAAUUGAAAUGUGUACUAGAAAAGAAGGAAAAGAUUAUUAUGUGUGUGAAUCAUUCUAUUAUCUUUUUCUUCUAUUUCUGUAAUUAUCUGGCAUAUAGUACAAGUAGAUUACAUACCCCACUCUCUGUCUGAUACAAUGAACAAAGGGGUUUAAAAUUGUUAUUAAAAUUCCGUCCUAAAAUCUGACCGUUGGCAACAUUAAUAAGCAUUCAAAACCGUUUCUAAAAUUUUGUGCCUAAAAUGU